AUGGAACCUGAAACACAUCCUUCUGUGGAACUUGGUGAUGCAGUUAGAAGAUAUUAUGCUAUAGAUCUUGAAACAUUGUCUCAAUUAUUAGUUGAUGAAGACCUUUUAGAGAAUUUCAUACUAGAAAUUCAACUAAUUCGUGUUAAUAUAAGUCCUGUCAAACAAAGUGUGUCUGUCAAACAACAUACUCUUGUCAAACCACAGUCAGCUGGUGUCAGAAUAUUUAUUGAAAAAAGAUCAAAAAUUACUGAGCCUACUAUUGUAUUUAAGAAACCAUAUUUUAUAAGGCCAUCUAUGAGUGGUCAUGUAAGUUGGUUUGACAUUGAUCUUAUAAGUUAUUUUAUGAAAGCUACUUUACUAACAGUGUGCUAUUAUACCGGAUCAAAAGCAUGA